UAUGCCUUUCCGAUAGGAGUUCCCGGCAUUAAACUCAAAUCACUAGUGAAUGUGCCUAAGGAUCGAGCAGAUUCUCCGGCUUAUAGUGCAGUACUGGGCGGCGAGAUAGCCCUUCCCUGUAACGUAACGCCGCCGACAUAUGAUGACGGGGUGUCACUGGUGUUGUGGUAUAGGGACGACACGGGAAAUCCUAUCUAUACAGUGGACGCCCGGAUCGUACACCUGGACAAAGCCAAACACUUUUCAAACACUGAGAUAAUGGGCUCGCGGGCCGUAUUCAACAUAACGUACCCCAUGUCCUACCUCCGCAUCAAACCGGUGCUGUCCAAUGAUAGUGGAGAGUACCGGUGCCGAGUGGACUACCGGCGCGCCCGAACCAUUAACAGAAUACUCAAACUCAACGUAAUAGUGCCUGCGUCCAAAGUUGUCAUCGUUGUCGACGGCAAUAGAAUCAGUGACAUCGCCGGCCCUUUCAAUGAGGACUCUUCCGUCAAUUUGACGUGUGAUUCAGAUGGAGGCAAUCCGCCCCCUGUGGUCAAGUGGUGGAGAGGGUCGACCAUCGCUGACGAGAGCUACUUCACGACUCCCAAAGGGUUCAUCAGAAAUGUGAUACAACUGCCGAAGCUGUCCAGAGACGACUUGAUGACGGUAUUGACCUGUCAGGCGUCCAACACUAACCUAACAGUGCCUGCAUCCCAGACCAUUGCUAUUGAUCUCAACCUUAAGCCCAAAGAGGUGCGAAUCCUAACUCCUGUGUACAACAUGUCUGCGGGCGAGCGCCUGGAGCUCGUGUGUCAGUCGAGUGGGUCGCGCCCGCCCGCCAAGAUUCAGUGGUGGAAAGGAGGCGCUCUUAUGGAACAUAUCGGCGAAAGUACUUCAGACGACGGCUCCGUUACCACUAAUUUCUUAGCGUUUGUGCCUUCAGUAGAAGAUAAUGGAAAGGCAUUGUCUUGCUCUGCAACUAACCCCACGUUUCCAGCCUUUAAACUAGAGGACGGGUGGACCAUCAAUGCCAACCCAGCCAUCAGCGAAAUCGGUUGGUUAUUCAACGAGCAGUCCCUGAGCUCGGAGUCGACACUCGGAAUACAAAUCCGAAACAAUUCGUUAUUAAUUAAAAGUGUGGGCAAAAGUCACCGGGGAAAGUACCAGUGCUAUGCUGUCAACAACGAGGGCCGGGGCGAGAGUGAAGUCGUAAAUCUCAAAAUUCACUUGCUAAGAGUGCACUACGGAGUGGCCAAACACGAGGAGGCGAGGAUCGAGUGCGAGGUGGACGCCGACCCCAUCGACGUCACCUUCAACUGGACUUUCAACGGCACGUCCGCUCAAAGCCAAGAGGCCGUCAAGUUUGUGAACGACGGCAGGAAGAGUGUGGCCACGUAUACGCCCCGGGAGGACGUGGAUUACGGACGCCUGUAUUGUUGGGCACAGAAUAGUGCCGGCAAACAACGAGAGCCCUGUGUUUUCUUUGUGAUACAAGCAGGACCUCCCGAUCCGCCCGAUAACUGUUCGCUGACAAACAUAACCGCUCACACCCUCACCAUUGAAUGCCUGCCCGGAUAUUCCGGUGGUUUGGAUCAGAUCUUCUAUCUGGAAGUGUUCAGCGCGAACCCAAACCGCCUUUUAGUGAACUUGAGUUCAACGGAAUAUCCAUUUUUCACCGCUCAUGGACUGCCGGCCGGCUAUGCCUUCCGUUUGGUUUUAUACUCGACUAAUACGAAAGGAAAGAGUAAAAGCAUAACCAUUACUGGAAAUACACUGUUGGCCGCACAAUGGAAAAGUGAUGAUAUCGAGGCGAUAGAAAUCAGUCCACUGCUAACGGUGCUAAUGAUUGUUGUCGGAGCUCUCAUUGUGUUGGCUAUCAUUAUAAUUAUGAUCAUGAAAAUCAAGUCCGAAGAGGAAAUCAAAAAGAUGACAUCAGUAAUCGAGGAGAACGAGGAUCUGAUGGAGAGUGAGGGCUCGUUCUCGGUCUGCAACCACAGCUCGACACCCCUGACGAUUCUGGUGCCCCCACCCCCUCAAUGUUUCUACGACGGCACCCUCCCAUCAAAACGGUGCCAAAUUACCGACACUCAUAUGCAAGACCUGGCCGUCACAUCCCAGGGCCCGUCCACCACAAACCAAUCAAAAAUGUUGUACUCUUUCAAACACAACCACAUUAUACCGCAAAAAGAAGAGAAUCAUAAGCCGAAAGUGGAGAUUGUGGUGCCGGUGCUCAAGAAGCGGAACCGAUUAGACACAACCAUCGCCACUGAGAUCAAUGAUAUGAACGCCAAACAGUAUAACUGUGUGAACACAGACUCGCGGAAUGUGAUCAACAAAAUGCUGAGUCCGGCGUCCGGUGGCUCUGAACACGACUCGGGACAGGAGGACGAGGAGGACUGUGUCAACCCUAACACACCGCUCAUGGCCUUCAAACGCCCCGAUCAGGCCUGGGUUCUGAUUGAACAGAUCGAUAACUCGGAGCCGUCGACACCUGUAUGACAGUGAGGGCACGCAUGGCAUCGAUUG